AUGCAGAGCGCGCGCAGGCGGCUGUACGCGCGAUUAAAGCGGAACUGGAACCUGACCCGUCACCUUGGAAUUUCUGCUGCUGGAUUUGAGCGACCUAGCAGCGUCCCGGCCUUCGCCGAUACUUUCCGAGCCAAGUUCGACCGACUGGACUUCGCCCAUCCAACCCACACACCCGAUGGACUCGAGAUGCAGUUCGCCGUGAACCACUUGGGUCAUUUUUAUCUGACCCAUUUACUCUUCGAUCUCCUUAAAAGUGGAAACGAAGUAUCACGAAUCGUGAAUGUGAGCAGCUUGUCGCACCGUUGGGUGAAGAUGAAUUUGAGGACAUUAGCCAGGUCCAAAACCAACAAAAAGCUUUACGCUAAAGAAUAUGGCACAUCCAAGCUGGCCAACAUGCUCUUCACGUUCGAGCUCUAG